AGGACGCUUUCUGUACUGGCGAGUCUACUGACCAGUAGGUUUACUGUGCACCUUGUUGCAAUGUCUGGACGUGGCAAGCAGGGUGGCAAGGCUCGCGCCAAGGCCAAGACGCGGUCUUCCCGUGCCGGGCUGCAGUUCCCGGUGGGUCGCGUGCACCGACUGCUUCGUAAGGGCAACUAUGCCGAGCGCGUGGGCGCCGGCGCCCCUGUCUACCUAGCGGCCGUGCUGGAGUACCUGACGGCCGAGAUUCUGGAGCUGGCGGGCAACGCGGCGCGCGACAACAAGAAGACGCGUAUUAUCCCGCGCCACCUGCAGCUGGCCAUCCGCAACGACGAGGAGCUCAACAAGCUGCUGGGCAAGGUGACGAUCGCGCAGGGCGGCGUGCUGCCCAACAUCCAGGCCGUGCUGCUGCCCAAGAAGACCGAGAGCCACCACAAGGCCAAGGGCAAGUGAAAAUUGGGCCAAUUAGCAACUCAAAAACUAACCAAAAGGCUCUUUUCAGAGCCACCUUCCAUUUUCUGCUGAGGAACUGUACAUUAAUGUGUUUUCACGUACGGGCAAUAAAUGUCUUAUUUGCACAAGCACUUAAUUCUCGGGACACAUAAAGCAACUAUCCUACGUGCAAGACGGGUAAAAACAUUCUGCGUUUUCCCAACAUACAUUCUUGCGUCUCAAGACAUGUAAAAAUUUUAGAUAAUUGUUAGCGCCAGAGAGU